AUGCGGCUCCCGCACGCACCGAUCCCGGAGCACACCCAUGGCCAGUCGUGCAAGACGUUUAAGGUGCCGCCGCUCGACGGCUCACUCAGCAUUGCGCAGCAGUUCGACUGGCAAGCAGAGCAUUCGCCUCACCAUCCGCUUCUCGAGUAUAUCGACGACGACGGAUCACUCAUGUCGAUCAAUUUUUCGACAGCGCAGUACGCCGUCCAUCGCGGUGCGCGAAUCGUCUUGGACGCGCUGAAAGAGGCAGGCAUAUCGAAGGAGAAGCCAGUAGUAGCGGUUGUUUCGGCCGCCGAUCCCUUGACAUAUGCGACAAUGGACUUGGCCCUGUUCAGGACUGGCUACGUGCCCUUCCUUAUCUCGUCCCGCAAUUCGGCCGCCGCUAUCGCACACCUGCUCAAGAAGGUCAAGGUAGACCAUGUUCUGUUAGGACGUGAGCCCGUCAUGCAAGACGUGUACGCCGAGGCAGUGAAGAUUAUGAAAGCCGGCGGGGAAACUAUUCCGUCGGAUUCGCCCAUGCCGCUUUGGGAUGAGCUCUAUGCUGGCGAAAGGGAUAAAUCCGAGCUGUUGCCACCCAUAGAGACGUACAAUUUCAAGGACGCCGGUGUGGUUCUUCAUUCAUCAGGCAAAUCUCGAUCCCUAGCCUUAAGAUCCACCGCCUUCCCGAAGCCCAUCACGUUCCGACAGUGGAAUAUGACGGUUUUGACCCGCUGGCCGUAUUACCAUGAGCGUGAUAUGAUAGGCAUGCGACUCUCGUGUCAUACAAUUGCGAUGUUCCACGGUAUGGGCAUAGCCGCAAUCGGCUGGGCGAUCGGCUGUGGCCUCGUGCUUACGGGGUUCAAACCACAGUUCCCCGCACGCCAAGCGGCACCCGACGACAUCCUGCGUGGCGCAAUGGCGACGAAGAGCGAUCUGCUCUUCUGUGUACCGGCCAUGAUCGAGGCGAGCGCCGCGUGGUGCAAGAUCCCGGAGCAGGUUGAGUGGAUCGCUCAGACGCAGGGCGUGAUUUACGGUGGUGGACCGCUCGCAAAGGACGUUGGGGACCUCUUGGCCUCCAAAGGAGUGGACAUCUUUACUUUAUACGGGAUAACGGAGUAUGGCAUAAUCAAUGAGAUCCUACCAAGGGCGUGCCCCUCGCGCUACACUUUGCGUAAUGGCAUGGACUGGGCAUACUUUGCCUUCUCGCCGUGUUGCGGUACACACUUCGUACCGCUCGACGACGGAGGUUCUCAGCUUAUCCUCGCCGCAAACGAGUACCAAGUCCCCACUGUUCUAAACACCAUGGUGGAUGGCGUACCAGCAUUUGAUACGAAUGACAUCUUGAUACCCCACCCGACGAGGAAAGGCCUAUGGAAAGUAGGAGGUCGUUCGGACGAGCAGAUUAUGCACAGCACAGGGGAGAAGACGAACCCGGCACCGUUGGGUGAAUACCCUAUGCUUCACCAGGACCCUCAUAUCCAAAGCGCUGUCAUUUUCGGGCGGGGCAAAUUCAACCCCGGUGUGCUCAUAGAUCCUAAACUCCAAUACAAGUUCGACGUAAACGAUGAAGAGAAGCUUGCCGAGUUUAGAAACGCAAUCUGGCCGACGGUGGAGAAGGUCAACGACUUUGCACCCCAGCAUUCGCGGCUCUUCAAGGAGAUGAUUAUCGUCUCUUCGCCCGCAAAGCCCUUCACGUACACCGCCAAAGGCACCCCACGCCGCCCGGCGAUCAUUAACGAGUAUCAGCCCGAGAUCGAGGCGUUGUACGCGACGGUGGACGAGACCACGCAGGCGCAUCUGCUGCCACCACGAUCCUGGACCUUGCCGCACGCAAUCGAGUUUGUGCGCUCCACGGUGCAGGAGGUCAUGACACGAUAUGUCUUGGACACGGACGAUCUAUUUCAGAAAGGAUGUGACAGUCUGCAGGCGACGUGGAUACGCAACUCGAUUCUACACGCCCUCCGGCAGACGACACGGGUCAACUCUAGGGCCGUCCCGAGUAACUUUGUCUACCAGAAUUCGUCGAUCUCCCGACUCGCGCAGUACGUGUCGAGCCUCGCCGGCACAGAGACGCCGAGCGACGACAUAGUGGACGGAAAGCAGCGCAUCGCGGCCAUGCACGCGAUGGUGCAAAAGUAUAGCAAGGACUUGCCGAGGCACACUCCUAAGGCAGACCGUCCGGCAGAGAGCGUCGUGCUUGUCACGGGCACAACGAGCAGCAUGGGUGCCGCGCUGCUCGCUGCAUUUGUCGACGACCCGAAAGUUUGCAAGAUCUAUGCAGUCAAUCGCAAAGGUCUCCAAUCUCUUGAGGAGCGGCAGAAACACGUUCUUGCGGAGCGUGGGUACGACGCGGAACGGAUCGUGAAGUCCAGGAAGGUUGCCUUUAUCGACACAGACACGAGCAGUGACAAGCUUGGGCUACAGAAUAACAUUUAUGAGGAAGUUCGCAGCUCCAUAACACACAUCCUUCCUACUGCAUGGCCGGUGAACUUCAAGCUACCCCUCAGCUUCUUCGACUCGAGUGUUCGCAGCCUGAGAAACUUGGUCGACCUCUCCUUGGCAUCUUCUUUCUCUCCGCCACCGCAGCUACUCUUCGUGAGCUCCAUCGGAAUGUUGGCCCAUGCCGGUCGCUCGCACCCCGUCCCCGAAGAGCCCGUAGACGCCUCUAUCGCGCUGGCCAACGGAUACACUGAGUCGAAGUGGGUAGCUGAAACGCUCCUGAACAACAUCAGCGACAACUUGGCAAAGGCUGGCACGCCGCUGCGCACUGUUGUCGUCCGACUCGGCCAAAUUACAGGUUCGUCAGGCAACGGAGCAUGGAACACGGCGGAGCAUUAUUUCGCCUGCUGCAGAGUGGCGCUUAGCGCCAGCCUGAGAGCGUAG